GCCAGGCUCACGUACGUCUGCCAUCUAAUCCCCCUUCACUCUCUUCCUUUUCUACCUACCAUAUUUUCCCUCUCAUUCUAAAUCCCUUUCUUCUUAUUUCUACUUCUCGACGUCUGCGUUGCACUCUCCCUAACUUCCGCGUUCUCUCCCUAACUUCCGCGUUCUUUCAUUCAGCUCCCUCCCUUCCUGCCUGCCUCACUACCCUUUGGGCAGUGGUGCAGGCCGCCUCUCCCUGACAAUAGUGGUGUGGCGUGGUGUGUGCAGGACGGCCGCUGGCAGUGGUACAGCCCCCACACGGGUGGCCGGGUAUACACGAGUUGUGAGAACUCUCAAGUUUCCCCUCAAAACGCAACCUUUGUGUUGAGACAAGACUCGAUCUAGGUUUCCACACGGCUGAACCAAACACCUCGCCGUUAAACUUAGAUACAAGUGUGACAACUAUUAUUGUUACUAUCUCGGUGGUAGUGAACGCCGUGAUACCAUUCAUCUGAGCAUAUAUGGUGCCAGCCUCCGCUUAUUGUGAUCGUGGCGCUCGUCUGGUGGGAUCUCUUGCACACUGCAAAUGCAUAUCAGCUUCCCUGAUAUGUCGUGCUUAGUGUGGGGUUUUAAAGGAUACUAACACUUCUAUGACGUGACCCUCUGGACACCUCACGACUACACUCUUGAGGGUCUUAUCAGCGGUGCUCCUUCAAGAGUGACUGGCAGCAUGGCAGAAUCUCUGUGACGCUCCAGAGGUCCUCAGUUAUGUUUAAGAAUUGCGUUCUGUCGCUGAGGAAACACUGGAAGCCCACCUCGACGGAGCACGAGACAUUCAGCAACCUAACUGUGGCCGGGUCUGGUGGUGCCAGGGACACGGGCUGUGCCCAAGGCUCUGGUCUUGCCAGGGCCUCCAGAUGGCACUGUCACAGUCAUAUUCAGUCAGUUCCAGACGAACAGGAGUGGGGGAGGAACAGGCGGGAGAGGAGCUGGGAGGAACAUAGUAUGCUAGUGGCCUCCCGCGUCUUCACGUGGCCGCAGGAGGGACCCCGUCGUGCCUACCACGCCGCUUUUACUGCCGCCCUCCACGCCCACACAGUCAACCUCCACGCCCACACCCACGUGACAGAGGACAGACCCCUUCUGUGGAACGGCCAGCUGUCCCAACGAGCCACUGAGGAUCUGAACCAGCUGGGAAUCAAACUCUGCCUGGCUGAUGAUGUUCAACAGCUGGUGUGGUGGCUAGUUGGCAGUCGCCUAGCCACCGUGGACGCCAGAUGGAUCUACCACCAGCUGGAGACGGUUCAGUCCGCGAUGGCGAGAGGCAAGUACCCGCAAGAGGAUGUCGACCACCUGUUACACUCUCUCACGAUCUUCGUCUACUCUCAACUCAAGAGACUCAGGUCACUUCACCAGGCUUUUCCCCCAGGACGCCACUGGCGACCCCAGCUCACUUACACACUCAGGACGCUGCGGAGGCUGGAGGAGGACCCGGGCACCAGACACCUCCUGGACCAGACGGGACAGCCAGUCAUCCACGAUGACGUCUACGCCGCUCUCACCAGACACGCCACCCUCUGGUGGGGCGAAGUAUUGGGGAGCUGGCAGGGGCAGGCGGAGGGGCGCCUACACAGCCUCAUGAGCCUAACACGCGAGGCUCACUCUACUAUAAAACAAGACGCACACAACUACGAUCAUGUCUUCAAAUCGGAGAUGUUCAUUACCUACACCACCAUCAGCUACCGAGAGUUCAGCAGACAUCUAGCCAAGAUCAUAGUACCACUCCUCAGCCCCACCUACCCUGCGCUCUCUACACCCACGCCGGCCUCUACGCCCACGCCCAAGUCCACGACUCUACACGGCACAGAUGGACGCGAGGUGUUGGAGGACUUCUCUGUGGGCUCCCCGCUCUGGUCACUGUACAGGGAGCUGGCUCGCCUCCACACGGUAGUCCAGGAGGCUGGAGGAAGGGACUCUGCGGCAGAUGGUGAGAGGGGUGACGUCGAGGGAUUUCCCAGCUGGUUUCUGGGUAGUGUAGCCAGCUGGCUCAACCGCAUCCACCACCACACACUCGCACGCCUUCAGCGCCACCUGCUUCUGGAUCGUCUUCCUAAUCCUUCUACUGUUCCCGUGUCCUUGUCGCCCGCUCCCGUGUCCUUGACGCCCGCUCCCGUGUCCUUAUCGCCCGCUCCCGUGUCCUUAUCGCCCGCUCCCGUGUCCUCAUCGCCCGCUCCCGUGUCCUCAUCACCCGUUCCUGUAUCCCAUUCGACUGUUUCCGACUGCCCCUCAGUUGAUCCUAAAUUUUCUUCCACUGUUCCCGAGUCCAUUAGUUCUACAUUAUCUGCUACUUAUCUUCUUACUUGUGCCGCUACUGUUGCUGUUCCUGGACCUUCACCCAGUGUUCCUCCGUCUAUGCUGCCCCCGACCUCAGCUGCCCCGUCCGCCCCCACCUACAAAUCUUCCUUCCAGGAACUGCUGAGUGUGUUUGCUGAGGUGAGGGCGUGGUGGGAAGCGUUGGAGUGGCCGGAUGAGGAGACGAGCGGAGCGCUGCUGGUGCUGGUGCUGGAGAACUUGUGCUCCCUGGCCGUCGUCUGCUGCCAGGGGCUGGCCACACUCCCCCCACCCGCCACCACCCACGUCGCCACCCACCCUCCACCACCGCCCACACCCACGCCGUGUUUUGACCUGGAGUUUAUAGGGCGUGUGGGUAGUAUGUGGGGCGCCCUGCAGACGGUGAUGGGGCUGGCAGGAGCCCUGGGCGUGGAGGUGGCUGUGGGGCGGCUGGUGGCUCGGGGAAGAACUGCCGCCGCCAGCCAGGUUCAGGACUCCGUCACCAAUCUCACUACCAGCGUCGCCCACAACAUUGACUUCAUGCUCGACCGCACCAUAGACACCGCUGUCUGUCAGGUCAAGUCGAGGCUGAGAGAGGCAGUAGAGGCAGCGUGCGAGGCAGGGAAAGAGGAAGCCCUCCUGGAUCACGUGAUCACCCCAACACUCGCUCUCCUCCGCCUCCAACACCUUCCCUCGACCCUCCAGCAGCGCCUCCUCCAGCGACUGUGGGACGCGGUAGUCGCCACCUUCAUGGUCAGCGUCAACACCAGGCCACAGAGGGCAGCUGACGAGUACUGGGAAGGUGUCUACCGCAGUAUCCGGUCUUCCUUCCUCUUGUUGACGUCUCCAGGCCACCUGCACCCAUCCUCCGCCUCCACCCCAGGGUACAGGUCCCUGCUGGAGGAGGCGGAGGAGCAGCGAGUGCGCACCCAGGCGCUCAUCAUCCAGUACUACGAGGCCCACUACGCCCACCUGCUGGACCACCGCCGGCCCACCGUGGCCCACCUCCUCCUCAGGACCUUCUACAGUGAGCCGGGGCGUCUGAAAGUACGGGUGCUGGAGGCGAGGGAUAUGGUCGAGGGUAACGAGUCGUCCUCCAUGGCCUCGAGCAGGAAGUCGUGCCAGCCCCGGUACUACGUGGUGGCUCAGGUCGUACCUCGCCACAUGUUCCCCAACGCUGUCGUCUGUACAACCGCAAAGGCGCGACCAGCCUCCUUCUACGACACCUUCGAGUUCCCGACAGGUGUGAUAGGGAAGGAGAGCGCGGGGUGGCUGGAGGUGCUCCUGAUGGUGGCGCCGCCGCCGCGGGGCGGAGCAGGAGGAGGAGGGGCAGCAGCAGCUGGGGGCGGCUCCUGCAGCCUCCUCGGGCAAGGGCUCCUGCCCCUCGCCUCCCUCCCUUACCUGGGCUCCCCUGACCUUCACAACACCUGCCUCAGGAUGACGGCGCCCCAUGUCACCGCAAGUGAAAGAGGUUACAGGUGCCUGGGUGUGCUGAGGUCAAGAGUGCACGAUCCCCUCGCUGUCUCCUUCUGCCGAAUCUUGGAGAGGUACCAUUCGGAGGUCAGCAGGGAGGCCCCCCAGGGACUGAGGUCAGCAGGGAGGCCCCCCAGGGACUGAGGUCAGCAGGGAGGCCGCCCAGGGACUGAGGUCAGCAGGGAGGCCCCCCAGGGACUGAGGUCAGCAGGGAGGCCCCCCAGGGACUGAGGUCAGCAGGGAGGCCCCCCAGGGACUGAGGUCAGCAGGGAGGCCCCCCAGGGACUGAGGUCAGCAGGGAGGCCCCCCAGGGACUGAGGUCAGCAGGGAGGCCCCCCAGGGACUGAGGUCAGCAGGGAGGCCCCCCAGGGACUGAGGUCAGCAGGGAGGCCCCCCAGGGACUGAGGUCAGCAGGGAGGCCCCCCAGGGACUGAGGUCAGCAGGGAGGCCCCCCAGGGACUGAGGUCAGCAGGGAGGCCCCCCAGGGACUGAGGUCAGCAGGGAGGCCCCCCAGGGACUGAGGUCAGCAGGGAGGCCCCCCAGGGACUGAGGUCAGCAGGGAGGCCCCCCAGGGACUGAGGUCAGCAGGGAGGCCCCCCAGGGACUGAGGUCAGCAGGGAGGCCCCCCAGGGACUGAGGUCAGCAGGGAGGCCCCCCAGGGACUGAGGUCAGCAGGGAGCCCCCCCCCCAGGGACAGAGGUCAGCAGGGAGCCCCCCCCCAGGGACAGAGGUCAGCAGGGAGCCCCCCCCCAGGGACUGAGGUCAGCAGGGAGGCCCCCCAGGGACUGAGGUCAGCAGGGAGCCCCCCCCCCAGGGACAGAGGUCAGCAGGGAGCCCCAGGGACUGAGGAAGAAAAAUAAGAGGCCACGCUGGGAAACAAAAAAAAACAAUCAGAAGCCAAAAUUGUAAACAAGGACAUGAGAAAACGGAAGUAGCCGGAAUUAGAGGCUUUAAAAGAGUGUGGGAAUCCUGGCCAGGUCGCACGCGCAUCACAAAAUAAACAGUUAUGAAACCAUUUAUAGAGUACAACAUUCACUGACAAUAAAAACUCUAGCAAUAAUAACAGUUCUACCAAUAACAAAAGUCUGAUGAAGCAC